GCCCGCUACGAACCACCCUACGCCCCCCAACUUCCGCACAAGGUUUCAGAUCGCCUCCGUCCCCGUCCGCCGCCGCCGCCACCGCCGCCGCCGUCCGGGAUGGCAAAGAGGUCCAGGAAGAAGGAGCAGCCGGCGGCCGAGGCAGCGAGCCUCCCCGAGGACCUCCUCGUGGAGGUCCUGGCGCGGGUGCCCUACAGAUCCCUCUGCCGCUUCAGGUGCGUGUCGCGGCCGUGGCGCGCCCUCUGCUCCGACCCCGGCCUCCGCAAGAGGUCGCCGCAGGCCCUGUCCGGCUUCUUCUGCUACACCCGCGACGACGACAGCCACGAGCUGCGCUUCCUCAACAUCUCCGGGAGAGGCCGGCCCCUCGUCGACCCCGGCCUCCCCUUCCUGCGCGCCGUGUGGGACGGAGGCGUCCGAGCCGUGGACUGCUGCGGCGGCCUCCUCCUCUGCCAGUGCUGGACGAGAUCAUCCAUACACGACGCCAUCUACGACCCCUACGCCGACCCCGACAUCGCCUCCGAUUCCGAGGCCGAGGCCGACGCUGUCGAAGAUGUGGCGAAGUAUGUUGUGUGCAAUCCGGCUACCGAGGAGUGGACCGUGUUGCCUGCCAUCGAGGAGCUGCACCCGAGGAACGUCAUCCGUCUGGGUUUCGACCCGGCUGCUCCGUCCCGCUUCGCCGUGUUUGUGCUCUUGCAGGAUGUUGUGGAGGAUCACGACGCCGGAGUGCAGAUCUUCUCAUCAGAGACCGGAACAUGGACGUUUCGGCAGAGCGAUUGGGGCGAGGGCAGCGUUACCGUGGAUUAUUACAAUGGUUCACCUUCCACCUUCUUCGGCGGCACCCUGCAUUUGACUACCCGCGAUAAUUCAGUGAUCACAGUGGACACAGAGGGGAAGACAUGGCACAAGAUUCGUAUGCCGCUCAGUGUUGAGGAAAUGUUGGAUAUUGGCUACAUCGGGCACUCUCAGGAGCGCUUGUACGCUUUGCAUAUGAAUUAUUCUGAUGACGAUUGUCAGCUCACGGUCUGGGUACUUGAGGAUUAUGCUACUGGGCAGUGGACACUGAAGCAUACAGCUGACAUGUCGGAGACGGUAGGCGAUGAUGAGGUGUGUACUUUUGUCGCUGUUGAUUCAGAAGGCAAUCUGAUUUUCCAAAUUAAUGGACGGGAUGAACAGCUUGUGUCGUACGAUAUGGAAAAGAGGAAAUUUCAUGUUAUCUUCAGUUUUGAGAGUUACUUUACUCUCCGGUGCGAUCCUUACAUUCCCACUUACAAGGAAUGGUUACCCAAAGCAGCUCCAUGAUUACAGAGUUCACAUGCUAAAUAUGGGUCAGAUCUUCUAUGGAGUUUGGUAUUUUGUAUUUUGAUGUUCUGGUCCAUGCCAUUGUGGCUUUGAGCAAUGUUAUUUUAAAAUGCUUAUUACUAUUCUGGUUAUACCUAGUCAGUAGUCACUUCGAUCUAUUUGCUUUCAUGUAAUAGUUAUGCUGUGGUCACUUGUUAGUCUUUCCUGGACCGAAUCUGUGAAUAUGAGAACAAGUUAUCUAUGCUUGGAACUA